UAGUUUAAAGCCAUCCCUACUUCGACAUGUUAAAUUCUAAAUGUAUUUACUGACACUGUGUACAUUUUGUGCCAUUUCUGAUGUCUUUAACAGUUGUUUUGUCUGUGUUUUUCAGGACUAUAUUCCUGUGCGGAUAGAUUAAAAAACUACUCCAGACUGGUAGACAUGACAGAUGUUUAUUGGAAAUAUGAACAUGGACUUAAAACUUUGAUGUGUAGCAAAAAAAUUCAUCGUUGAUGAUAGUGAUUUUCUAAGCUAUAUUGACUGGAACAGGGUUGUUCUUUACAAAUACAGAGCUGUCAAUGCUGCAAUUUUGUUGUGAAAGUCACAAUUCAUGUCAGAAGGUGCUUGUUUUAUAUACAGCAAAGACCAAGAAAUUGUACUGGGCCGACACCUACAUGUAUAUGGGAAAUAGUUAAUUUUGAAUAUCUCAGCAACCAAAGGGUUUACAGCAAUGGAACUUCACACACUAGUAGCUGAUAACAAUAGAAACCAGUGGAUAAAAGGAUUUUAUCAAGUACCCAAAAACAUGAAAUGAGAGCGCUUGAACAGUGUAAAGUUUGUCGCAUAGAUGGGGAUUGACCGCCUUUAAUGUAUAUAUAAGUCUACAACUUCUCAGAUUUGACUGAAGACAAUUGUUUGGUGUUGGGAAUAGAGAAAUAUAUUCAAGGUAGGGCAGUUUUCCAAAAACGCAACAAGAAGUUCAAAUUUGUUGCACAGAUUUGUGUCUCACAUGUAUGGAGUUGAAGGAAUAGUUAUAGAAAAAGGGUACAGAAUAUGUAAGGAUAUGACAGCCAAACAUCUUCUCCAAGAUUCCAUGCAGCAACCUUCUGAUAGAAAGAUGUACCUGUCGUGCAAAGGUAUAAGCUGGCUUGGUAACAGAUUGUCUUACAGGAUAAAGAAAAGGAAAAUGGUCCCAGGAAAGACAAGCUACAGUAGAUACAAGAUGCUAAGGACAAGAAUGUCUGUUAUUCAUGGAAACAUCAGAGUUCAGCAGGUUCUUGGAACAGUAAUACAACAUGAAGGAGAAACUGCCCAGGUUUCAUAUACCGCCUCACCUUCUGGAAAACCAGGCCAGUUGAAACCAGUGACUGCCGGUUUUGGUGAUCAUUUGAUGAAGCCAGUUGUAGUGCUUUUACAGUUAGGGAGAGUGAGUUUACAUUUUGCUGGAACCUUGUUACAGGUCAUGUAUAUACUGGUUACAGAUUGCAGUAUCAGCCAGAAACCACAGCCAUUCUAAAUAUAGGACGAACACAAUCAGACAAGCUAGCAAGAUGAUUUUACGUUCAGGAGUGUUGACAUUCUGCUCAAGAUUCUAGUCUGGAGAUACCAUCGGCGAUCUUAGAAUUUUUUUUAAAGAUUUAAGUUUAAAAAUGUGAUAUUGACUUUUAAAAGUCAACAUUAAUAUUUUAUACUGUUUUCAGUCAAAGGGUUUAAACUUCUUUUUUGGGGGGAGGGGGGGAUAACUGUACUGCAGACAAUUUUGUAUGGCAAAAUAAAACAAAGAAAAAUAUUUUUAUGUUAAAAAUACCUUUUUUAUAUAUGAAUACUUAUGAAUUGACUUUUUCAUGUCUCUAAGAUACGCAAGAUUGCAGUGAUUGCUUGUUAGCUCACCAGAGCACGAAGUAUUCAAGGUGAGCAAUUGUGACCGGUCAUUGUCAGUUGUGUGUCGUCCGUCAACAUUUGUUAACACUUCAGAGGCCAUAUUUGUGACCCAAUCUUUAUGAAACUUGGUCACAAUUUUUUUACUUGAUAAUUUCUAGGUCAAGUUUGAAACAGGGUCAUGAGGGGACUUAAACCAGGGCAGCAGGCAGAUCAAAGGAAAAGCUUGUGAAUAAUUUAGAAGCAGAACAUUUGUCUUGAUGAUUCCUAGGUCAAGUUUGAAUCUGGGUCAUUUGUGGUUAAAAACUAGGUCACCUGUUCAAACUGAAGGAAAACCUUUUGAACACUUUUGAGACUACAGUUGUAACUCAAUCUUUAUGAAGCUUGGUCAGAAUGUUUGUCUUGAUGAUUACUAGGUCAAGUUUGAAACUGGAAUAUGUUGGAUCAAAACUAGGUCACCAGGCCAGAUCAAAGGAAAAUCUUGUGAACACUCUAGAGACUGCAAUUAAAGUUUGAAACUCAUGAGAAUUGGUCAGAAUGUAAGUCAGAAUGAGUAUUAGUCAGAAUGUAGGUCACUCAGUCAAAUCAAAGGAAAUGUUGUGCUACAGUUGUGACCAAUUCUUUAUGAAAUUUGGUAAGAAUGUUUGUCUUGAUGAUAUCUAGGUCAAGUUUGUAACUGAGUUAUGUGGGCCAUAAACUAGGUCACUAGGCCGGAUCAAAGGAAAAUCUUGAGAACUCUCUAGAGACCACAAUUUAAAUUUGAAACUCAUGAGAAAGCUUGUGAAUAUCAAUAGGCCACAGUUGUGAAUAUAACUUGUCCAAUAAACUUGGACAGAAUGUUUGUCUUGAUGAUCUCUAGGUCAAGUACGAAUCUGGGUCACAUGGUUUCAAAAACUAAGUAAGGAAGAAUGGACUAUUGACUUGUUUCCCAGAUAAAUCUGCUUAUGUCUAGGUAAGAGGUCAAUUGUUCAUAUUUCAAGGGUCUUAAUAAAGGAUUCUGUAGCUUAUUUUGUAGAACCUCUUUUGUUCAAUUCCCUUCCAGUCAAAUAAAAACUAUUAUAAUGAUGUAAUAUAUUUUUGAUACAUUUUGUCCAUUAACUAGAAACCUUUAAAUAGUUGUAAGCAUUGUUACAUGAUUGCUGAUGUAAUAUAAGUGCCUUACUAGAUUUGUCCUGUUGUUUAAUGUACAAAAAUGAUAGCUAAAUCUUAAACAUGUUUGAAUGGUAUAGUUUGUCAUUUACUCUGUCGUUUGAAAAGUAUAAUUUGUAUGCAUUGAUUGAAAUGAGAAUAGACAUGACUGUUUAUGCAGUAAAAUAACAAGAAUGAUA